GACCCGACGAAUUUUUCCUAUAAAAACCCAACUCUGCCUCUGUUCUUCUUCCCCAUUCUCCUUCAGCUUCCUCUGUUUUUUGGCCUUUCAAAACUCUUCAUUUUUUAUUAGCUUACCUGGUUUUUGAACGGGUCCUCUUGCUGGUUAUUCCUUCCAUCAAGUGAGGAAAUGGAAUUCGAGGACCGAUUCCGACAAGCACCGAUGCCGAAAUUCGAUUGCCUUCUCUUCGAUCUUGAUGAUACCCUUUAUCCCCUUAGUUCUGGUCUUUCAAGAGAAUGUGGCAAGAACAUUAAAGAUUACAUGGCUGAAAAGCUGGGGAUAGAGAAGGACAGAAUUGUUGAACUGUCCAAUUUGUUGUACAAGAAUUAUGGGACAACAAUGGCUGGCCUCAGGGCGAUUGGUUAUUACUUUGACUAUGAUGAAUACCACAGUUAUGUUCAUGGAAGACUCCCUUAUGAUAACUUGAAACCAGAUCCUCAAUUGAGGAACCUAUUGCUCACUUUGCCUCUCAGAAAAAUAAUUUUCACAAAUGCAGACAAGGUGCAUGCAGUUAAAGCUCUGAUUAAACUAGGAUUAGAAGACUGUUUCGAAGGGAUUAUCUGCUUCGAAACACUCAAUCCUACACAUAAAACCACAGUGUCCGAUGAUGAAGACGAACUUGAGUUUCUAGGAACAGCUGUUGCCAAACCAGGUGUCCUUAACAGCCCUGAAAUUUUCAACAUUAUUGGCCAUUUUGCAGAUCCAAACCCAAGUGGAAGUUCAACAUUACCCAAAACACCCAUUGUCUGCAAGCCACAAGAAUCUGCCAUAGAGCUUGCCCUCAAGAUUGCCAAAAUCAACCCUCAAAGAACUUUGUUCUUUGAUGACAGUGUCCGCAACAUCCAAGCGGGGAAACGUGUAGGCCUCCACACUGUGGUGGUGGGGACUUCACAGAGACCGAAAGGGGCAGAUUAUGCAUUGGAAAGCAUUCAUAAUAUGAAGCAGGCAUUACCUGAGCUUUGGGAGACCGACAUGAAAUCUGAAGUCGGUUACUCUGGACAAGUUGCAGUGGAGACAUCUGUGACGGCUUAGAUUAUUAUUCUAUGUUGUUUAUUACUUAUGUUAAUAUUAAUGAAGAUGAUAAGCGAUCAAUCAUGUUGUC